GACUGGAGAGACCUUGCUGGUGCUGCUGGUGAUUUGCUCCGUGAGCCCUAUGACGUGGGCCCGGUCUUGCUCAACCUCGUCAGGGACUUCCCCGGUUCGUUCGGUCGCUACGUCCGCGACUCCCUCAAACCUCAGCUGCGCGAGCAUAUGGCCAUCAUGGGAGGUCGGCUGCAACGUGACUUGUUGCCGUUACCGUACCCUACCAUCGUGAAGACCGACGUCGCGCGCGACGGCGACGACCUUAGCGACCUGAGCUGGGAGGCACUCCGCUGCAGGCUGGUUGUCACGGUGCAGGCGCUCAACUGGGAGGCAGGCUUUCGCUCGCUGAAGUUCGCGCGCCAUUGCCGCAGGCGCCCGAACGCUGUUCAGCGGGCAGCCUUGGCGGCCCUGGGCCGCCGCCUGUACCUGGCGACGCGCGUCGAGACCAGCCUGCCUGCGGAGCUCAACUGGGAGGACCGCCUGAAGGACCGCAAGAUCGGCUACGGUGGCGCCGAGAUCACCGCGCCUCACAAGCUGACCCUGGAGCAGGUGCUGGACGGCUUACCGCCGCCUGGUGUUGCGGCCUCGAUUGAGGCGGCCGACGUCGCGGCGGGCUUCGUGCGGGACGCGUUGCUGGAUCCUGGGCUGGUGCUGCUGCCGCCUGCGCUGCGCCGCGCGGCGCCGACUUCGGCGCGGGCUUGGGCCUCGGAAGGCGAGUGGCAUCGCAUCGUUGAGGCCCUUCAUGAGCGCGGGAUGGUCGGCCCUAUAUCCGCGCCUGACAUCGCGUGCCGAGAUGGGUCGCCGCUGCUGAACGGAGCCUUUGGCGUUCCGAAGGCCCACGACGCCCCUGUCAAGUGCGAGGGCGGGAUGCUGAGGCCCGUGCUCAGGCCCAUCACCAACCUGAUCCCGUCGAACGCCUGCCAGGAAUGCAUCGUUGGCGACGCGCCCGAGAUGCCGACGAUGAGCCAGCUGAACGGCCUGGCCUUCUUCUACGUCUUCCGUGCACCGCCGCCGUGGUGGCCGUACAUGGUUAUCGGGCCGCCCGUGCCGUCGCGCCUACUGGGCCUCAAGGGCGGCGGCACAACCCACAUCUGCCUGCGGGUAAUCGGCAUGGGCUGGAUCAGCGCGGCGGGGGUCACGACUCACCUUCAUCGCAACAUGCUGCGCCGCAGCGGCGCGGUGCCUCGCGGCCUGAGCCCCAGCUGCGAGAUUACCCGGCGCCGCCGCCUGCCGCUUGGUGCAGAGAAGCCCUGCCCGCCUGCUUGGAUGGUGUACAUCGACAACUUAGAGAUCGCCGAGAUCGUCGACAAAUCUGAGGCCGACAAGUUACGAUGCAUUACUGAGAUGGCCAGCCUCGCGCUCUGGGUUCUGGGCAAGAGGCGAGCCAGCAUGCGAUUGAUACGUAUUCUUCUUGGGCUCUGGGUUCGCGCGCACUGCUUUCGCCGCCCGCUGGCCGCGAGCUUCGCAUGCACCUGGAAGUGGCUCAACGACCCGUGCUGUGGAGGCCGCUUCAGCGUGAGCGUGAUCGAGGACUUGCUGAUGUGCCUAGCCCUGUCGGGGCUUUGCGUGGCCGACAUGAGGCUCGAUGCCGAUCACCUGGUGACGGCGUCGGACGCGUCGGAGGCCGCUGGGGCCGUGGUGUACAGCACGGGGCUUACCGAGCGCGGCCGCGUCGUUGCGGGCAGGCGCCAGCGGCCCGCUAACGCCGCCUGCGAGGAGGAGACCGCCCUGAUCACCGUCUUUGAUGGUAUCGGUGGCGGAUGCCGAGCCUUCGAGGUGGACCCGCAGGCGGUUCGCGUCGCGCGGCGCGCUUACCCUGGCACGCAGCACCUCGGAGAUGUUACAUAUGCUGACCCUGCUGCCCUGGCUGGUCUGCUGCGGGCCCGUGGCCGCGUCGCCCGCGUGGUGGUAAUCGGCGGCUUCCCAUGCCAGAUCUACACGAGCUUGAACGUCGACCGCAAGGGCUCGUCGGACUCGCGCGCCUCGCUUGUCGAUCACAUGGUGAGGGUCAUCCGAGGCCUGCGCGCGGCCAUGCCCGAGGUGAGCGUAGACUUCCUUGGGGAAAAUGUGGCAUCAAUGGCAGAGUCCGACGUCCUUCACCUCAGCGGAUUGUUCGAGCGGAUCCCCUUGGAGAUUGAGGCUGGGGACAUUGGCUGGGUGAGGCGUCCUCGUCUCUACUGGCCGUCCUGGGACCUGCUGCCGUCGUGCGAGGCCAAGACCGUGAUGGUACUGACCAAGGACGGCGCCUCUCGCCGCCGGUGCCGCGUGUCGCUGGAGGCGGAGCCCCCGCCGCUCGAGGAGUGGCUGCCAGCUGGCGCGCGCUGCCCUGGAGCGGAGGGUGGCGUGCCCCUGCCUGCGUUCGUUCGCUGGGCGCCGCGCUCGCAGCCGCGCCCCAGGCCCGCGGGCAUCGGGGAGUGCACGGCUGCUGAGCUGACGCGCUGGGAGGAGGCGGCCUUUGCGGCGCCGCCAUGCCACACCGUGCCCUGCAUGACCAACAGUGCGGCGAAGGCCGAGCCCAGCAAGUACGAGGGGCUGAGGCGUUCGCUGAUCGGCAACUCGUUCCAGUGCGAGGUGGUGGCGUGGCUGCUGGCGCACUGGGCUGUUGCGGCUGGGCUGCUGGUGGCGGUGCCGCCCUUCUCCGAGCUGCACGGGAGCGCUCGGGUCCGCGGCGAGCUGAUGGCCUGCAGCGCAGCCGCACCGGCCGAGCAGCAGCAGGCGGGCGAGGAACCCGCCGCAGCGGCGCCGGUGGCGGCCAACAGGCUCGUCUACGUCGGCCGCGGCUCACGGCGCUGGGGUCUCGCCCCGUCGUGUUUCGGCAACCCGUUCGCCGUGGGCCCGAGCUGCUCCCGCGAGGACGCG